AUGUCGCAUCCAGUUCAGAAGCUUCAGCCUUCCAAAUUCCCAACUGGACCGUCGCCAAUCACACCCGACCAACGGUACUGGAAGAGUUUUAAACAUUCGCAAAGUCUGCCCUGCCAGUCCCCAGUCACUCACAUCUCAUUCCCACCGCCCUCACGAAACCCUCUACAAUCUUCGAACAAUGAUUUCUUUGUGAUUACCGCAGGUACGCGAGUGCAGAUCUACUCGAUACAGACUCGGAAACUCAUCAAGACUAUCACCCGAUUCUCGGACAUUGCGCACAGCGCAGAAAUCAGAAGAGAUGGACGUGUUAUGGUUGCCGGAGACGAUUCUGGGAGGAUACAAGUGUUUGACAUGAAGGAGAGAGCUAUUCUGAAGACAUGGGACGAACACAAACAGCCAGUCUGGGCGACAAAAUUCUCGCCGACCGAAAUGACUACCCUCAUGAGCGCAAGCGACGAUCGCACCGUCAGGUUAUGGGAUCUUCCAAGCCAGCAGAGCACAGCGACGUUUAUUGGACAUUCAGACUACGUUAGAAGCGGAUGCUUCUUGCCAGGAACAAUGUCGAAUAUGUUAGUGACGGGAAGUUAUGAUGCGACAGUCAGACUUUGGGAUCCUAGGAUAGCAACCAAAGCUGCCAUGACCUUCAAGCAUGCCGCACCAAUUGAGGAAGUCCUUCCAAUGCCUUCUGGAACCACAAUUCUGGCUGCAGCCGACAAUCAAAUAUCUGUACUGGACCUCGUUGCGGGGAAACCGCUACAGCUGCUCAAGAACCACCAAAAGACCGUAACUUCGCUAUGCUUGGCUUCGAAUGGAACAAGACUUGUCAGUGGAGGACUGGACGGACAUGUCAAGAUCUUCGAGACAUCGCAGUGGAACAUUGUUGCUGGUUCUAAAUAUAAUUCGCCAGUGCUUUCCGUCAAUGUCAUUGCUUCCGGAGCAAGCCAGGAGGAUAGACUUCUUGUAGUCGGAAUGCAGUCUGGAGAACUAUCAAUAAAGACGAGGCUCAGGGGAAAGGAACAGGCAGAGGAGCGCCACAAGAAGAAAGAGAUGGAGGCACUUCUUGACGGGACCCUUGAUGCUUAUGAUGCGAAGAACAAGAAGAGGAAGAGGGCGGAAGCCAUGACGAAGCUGAAUAAAGAGGCGCAGAAGUCAGGGCCAGCCGCGGAUUCGGCGAUACAGAAGAUCAAUCUUGAUGUCGCAAGGAGGACAACCCCGGAGACCGUCUGGGAGAGAGACUUGCGCCAAGGAAGAUACGCACAUGCUCUCGAUGCAGUACUAGACCAACGAAAGCAACCUUCUGCAAAAGUAUUCGAUGUCUUGCAAGAAUUAAGAUACCGAAAUGCCCUGAAGAUCGCGCUGGACGACAGGGACGAGACAACCCUGGUACCGAUUUUCAAAUGGGUCAGCAAGUAUCUUGCAUAUCCACAAUACUCAAAGGUCAUCCAUGAAGUAGCGGACCUGCUGAUUGAUCUUUACCGCGAGAGAGUUAUAGAGUCGGAAGCAAUUGAGAAAAGUUUCAAGGCACUGCACAGGAGCGUCAACACCGAGGCGGAGACCAUCCAGCAGAUGAUACAGACGCAAGGGAUGCUGAAGCUGUUAUUAGCUCCCAGGCCGUAG